UUUUUAUAGAGCUUAGUACAUAUAAAAUGAUUAUUUACUAUCAACAUGGCUUUAUGCACUUCCGUUUUGGUCACCGGAAGUUGCUUGUACUGGCGGAAGUUGGAGAUGGACAAGUUUUGCGAGGACAAGGUGAAAGUGCCGUUUGGGAGCAAGUUUCUGGACGCGGCCUUGUGCGUCCCAGCCUCCUCACCUGAGAGUCACGCGACCACAGGAGUCAUCCUCACACAUGGAGCUGGAGGAGACAUGAACUUUAAACAUCUCAUUUCCCUGGCACAUGCUUUGGCGUCAAAUGGCUUCCUGUGCCUGCGUUUCACGUGCAAAGGUUUAAACCUUGCGCAUCGAGUCAAGGCUUACCGUGCAGCGUGGCUCUACUUCAAAACAUUGCAGAGUUUGAAGCACAUAUUCUUCGGAGGCCGGUCCAUGGGCUGCCGUGCUGCCGCUGCCCUGGCCAAGCAACUCAGUGAGGAACAGGACGGUGCGGUUCAGGGAGUCAUCUGUCUGUCCUUCCCUCUGCACCCCCCAGGACACUCUCCUGCCCAUCGACAGCGGAGUGCAGAUCUCAGGGGGCUUCCUGCAAACACAUCUGUCCUCUUCGUGUCGGGCACGGAGGACAACAUGUGCGACAGGGUUCUUUUUGACGGCACGGUGAAGGCCAUGAAGGCUCAAGCGGAGGUUUUCUGGCUGGACGGAGGAAGCCACGGCCUGAAGGUGCCAGGGCGGUCGGAGGAGUCCGUCUUACAGGAGGUCAACUCUCACGUCCUCACCUGGCUGAGUAAAAGGGAAGUUUGAUUUUUGCCGGGUCGUGUAAUAAAUGUAGGGAUCAAUCAGUCAAUCAAAGUGUAUUCAUACAGCCCUAAAUCACGAGUGUCUCAAAGGGCUGCACAAGCCACGACGACGUCCUCUGCUCAGAUCUCACAUCAGGGCAAGACAAAAGUCAACCCAAUGGGAUACAAUGAGAAACCUUGAAAAAAACGACAAUUAAGAUGCAUGGUACAAUCAAAGAGCUGGUGUGCAAUAAUUAGGUAUGCUUUUUAUUUUUUUAUUUUUUAUUUUAUUUUUUAUUUUUUUUGUCCUGUCCAGCUUCUCAGGCAAAUCAUAUAGUUCAGUGGUCCCCAACCUUUUUGCUUUUUGUAGCUGCGGACCGGUCAACGCUUGAAAAUUUGUCCCACGGACCGGUGGGGAGGGGGUAUUUAAUUUUUUAUUUUUUUUAUUUUUAUUUUUUUUUACAAAAAUAAAUACAAUCAUGUGUGCUUACGGACUGUAUCCCUGCAGAC